AUGCCUCUCUUCAUUAACCGGGACCAGAUGUUUGCUCAUCAGGUACACCUUCUGGAGCACAAGCUGAGGGUAAGUUAGAAAUAAGCAUUCAGUCCAUUUAUGCUCUUUUAGUUAACUUUACACUGACCCACAACGAUAAAGAAAACGGCCUUUUGAUCGUGUUGUUUCCAGAGCAAAGAGGAGCGCAUACUGGAACUGGAGACAGAGAAUGCUAUUCUUCAUUUAAGACUUGCUGAGGUGAGAAUUUUUGCCCGUAUGUACUUUACAGAAUUUAACACAUUCAUGCCUGUUUUUUUUUUUUUUUUACUUUGCUGCUCACCUCAGAAAAACAAGUCUGUUGUCCUUACAAAGCCAUUCAGUUUGUGUGUCACUUGACGUGUGUCAGCCUGCACUGGAGCAAAACUUACAUUUGAUAGCUAACAUUUGCAAAGCUAUUUGUUUUCAUGAAAGAGACAAGUUGAUUGAUUGUGAGGUACAAAAAAAAAGAAGGAGAACUUUAUUGAUCCCCAAAUGGAAAUUGAAUUUUGGGGACUAUUCCUCCAAAUCUGACAUAAUUACCAUAUCAUUUUGCAUAUAAUAUUUAUACACAGGGAAAUAUUAGUAACCUAAAGUAGUAAUGCAUGUAAAUGAAAUCUUAAAAGCCAAGUUAUGAGAGUAAAAGCACUUUUGUAAUCGUAACAUCUGAUUCAUUUGUGGUGGUGGACAUCAUUUUUGUGUCCCAGUUUUCUCCUGUCCAACAAUUUUUGUAGAAUCUGCCUGAACCAUCAAAUUAAGAAAAAAAUAUGCUAUGUACCUAUUUCAUAAGACAGAUGCACAGGAGAGGGAUGAGAGGAUAAAAAAAAAGUAAACUUCUGCAUUAUCUAACCGGCAAAAAAUCAUAUUUGUUAGCUGAUAUUUAAUAAAGUAUUUUAGAACCAAAAACCCUUAAGACUACAAGUACUUUGUAGUCUUAAGGGACAUGUUAAGUACUGAAGGCUGCAUUACAACUCUAAAUAGGAGUAUUAUAAUUAAUCAUGAGCCUGCAAUAAAUAGUCGAUUAUAUUAUAUACCAGCAAAUCUACAUUGUUUACAAAGAAGGAUCAAGUUGGCCUAUGUCUGCCUGAGUGAAACUUUGCUUAGUGUAAAACUGUUAUGAAGUGGCACAGUUACAAUCAUUAUAUUGGUGCUCUGUUCUUGUUAGUGUCUGGGAAAACUUCGUCGAGAACCCGAAGAGGACGUCAGGGCCCUGACCCUUCCUGAGCACCAGAGGAAUGCACAAAAGAUGACCCGCUCAGCUCUCUUCACACUCCUCUCAGGGGUCCAGGUACUGCUGUACAGUAUAUCUGCUUUAAUGUUGUGAUGAAACUUUGAAUAACAUACAAAUACCUGCAUGAUAAUUGUAUCUCCUCUGUGUGCUUCGGCAGGCUGUGAAGCAGGAAUUAAGUGAACUUUUUGCCGUAUAUUUGAGUUUUGCCACUGAGCUUGAGGAGAAAAGCAAGCAGCUGCUGGAAAAAGUUGAACAAGUCAGCUCUGUUCCUAAUGGACACCAUGGAGAUGGUGUUCAGGGUGAGUCUCUCUGUGUGGCAUUAUGUAGAUGUAGGUUAGGAUUUUGUAGGGCUAUACCUGGAAGCUGGAAUUGAGGUUGUUUUCAGUAAAAUAAUCCAAAGUUUGGUAUCCUGGUGGAUUGAGGGCUGAAGGAGAGCUCAUUGUAAGAACAGUAGAACUGUGUAGCUUUGAAAAGAAAAUGACCCAGAUAUUAGCAGUGAAAAACUGCUGUCAUUAAUUUACAUUUUUUACCCGCUUUCGUUUUUUUUCUUUUCCCACCACUGAAGUCUCUUCACUUCUCCUCAGUUUCAGCUCACACAUUCUGUCUGACAGAGUCCCUCUCAGUGCUAAAGUGGUUUACAUGUGACGUGUUGGCUGUUCCUUGAUUAGGUGUGUUUGCCGGUAAUCCUCUCGUGCUGUUUCCCUGCUCUCCACUCUCAUCCUGCCCUCACAGUAGAUUCCAGUUUGACUGUCUUUGUCUGCACAGUCUGGCAGGUCAGCAUGGUGCUGAUCAUUGGUGAAAAUUCUUGUGAAACUCUUUUGAUCUAAUAUUUGCUGUCUUUUCUUGACAUGUUAUUGCUGAUAUUAAUAAAGUUAGCAUACCAGAAUACAAAACCCAAUUCCAUCGAAGUUGGGAAAUUGUGAUAAAUGUAAAUAAAAACAGAAUACAAUGAUUUGCAAAUCCAUUUCAACCUAUAUUCAAUUGAGUACACUACAAAGAUAAGAUAUUCAAUUUUCAAACUCAUAAACUAUUUUUUUUUUUUUGCAAAUAAUAAUUAACUCAGAAUUUCAUGGCUGCAACACAUGACAAAGAAAUUGGGACAGGGGCAUGUUUACCACUGUGUUACAUCACCUUUCCUUUUAACAACACUCAAUAAACGUUUGGGAACUGAGGAGACUAAUUGUUGAAGCUUUGAAGGUAGAAUUGUCUCCCAUUCUUGCUUGAUGUACAGGUUCAGUUGUUCAACAGUUCGGGGUCUCUGUUGUCGUAUUUUAUGCUUCAUAAUGCGCCACACAUUUUCAAUGGGAGACAGGUCUGGACUGCAGGCAGGCCAGUCGAGUACCCGCACUCUUUUACUAUGAAGCCACACUGUUGUAACACGUUCAGGAUGUGGCUUGGCAUUGUCUUGCUGAAAUAAUAAUAAUAAUAAUAGGGGCGUCCAUGAAAAAGACGUUGCUUGGAUGGCAGCAUAUGUUACUCCAAAACCUGUACCUUUCAACAUGAAUGUUGCCUUCACAGAUGUGUAAGUUACCCAUGCCUUGGGCACUAAUGCACCCCCAUACCAUCAUAGAUGCUGGCUUUUGAACUUUGUGUGGAUAACAGUCCAAAUGGUUCUUUUCCUCUUUGGCCCAGAGGACAUGAUGUCCACUAUUUCCAAAAACAAUUUGAAAUGUGGACUCGUCAGACCAAAGAAUACUUUUCCACUUUGUUUCAGUCCAUCUUAGAUGAGCUCGGGCCCAGACAAGCUGACAGCUUGUCAGCGUUUCUGGAUGUUGUUGAUAAAUGGCUUUCGCUUUGCAUAGUAGAGUUUUAACUUGUACUUACAGAUGUAGUGACGAACUGUAUUUACUGACAGUGAUUUUCUGAAGUGUUCCUGAGCCCAUGUGGUGAUAUCCUUUACACAUUGACGUCAGUUUUUGAUACAGUGGGAUCACUAAGGGAUACACUAAGGGAUCGAAGGUCAUGGGCAUUCACUGUUGGUUUUCGUCCGUGCCGUUUACAUGCAGUGAUUUCUCUAGAUUCUCUGAACCUUCUAAAGAUAUUAUAGACCCUAGAUGUUGAAAUCCAUAAAUUCCUUGCAAUUGUACCAUGGGAAACGUUGUUCUUAAACUGUUCGACUAUUUGCUCAUGCAAAUCACCCCAUCCUUGCUUGUGAAUGACUGAGAAUUUUUGUGGAAGCUGCUUUUAUACCCAAUCAUGGCACCCACCUGUUCCCAAUUAGCCUGCUCACCUGUGGGAUGUUCCAAAUAGGUGUUUGAUGAGCAUUCCUCAAAUUUCUCAGUAUUUUUUGCCACCUUUCCCAACCUCUUUAUCACGUGUUGCAGCCACGAAAUUCUAAGUUAAUUAUUUAAAAAAAAAAAAGUUUAUCAGUUUGAACAUUAAAUAUCUUGUCUUUGUAGUAUAUUCAAUUGAAUAUAGGUUGAAAUGGAUUUGCAAAUUAUUGUAUUCUGUUUUUAUUUACAUUUAUUACAAUUUCCCAACUUCAAUGGAAUUUGGUUUUGUAUAUCUCUUCCCAUAUGAAGUACAAACGAUUCCUUUUUACUGCAUAAAUCAACACCUUGGGUUAAUAACAUGCUGUUGAUGUACAUGUACUUUGCAUCUACCUCUGAAAUGUUAGCUAGUUUAUACUGUAUAAUGUGCUGGUUGUGUAGGAGGCUGGUUCUCUUCUUUGUAAGAUGUGUCCCCUCCUACUCCCCUACUAUUUUCAAAAUCAAUCAGCCAGAUGUAUUUACAUAAACUUGUACUUGAAUUUUUAACCAGGAACAUGCUGGAAUAAACAAAUAGGUAGUUGGGAGAGAAAUUAAACAAGGGCGAGUUCACACUUGGGCUGAUAACGAUAACAGCAUAUACCGAAAAUUAAUUUGUCUCGAUAUUGAUAUAAAACAUGGUCAAUAUGCUCUCCGAUAGUAGGCAUUCUGCCAUGUUUUGGUAGACUAUAUGAAUGAAGCAGAGUAAUGUGCACUGCAAAUUAUGUCGAGCACAGGUUGGGGAAUACCUCAAAUCUUUUUCACCACCUGAAGCAGAGCACACGCAAUGCAAAAGUUUACAAACCUCGAGCGGCACAAGGAGCCCAUGGUGCCUGUGCAGUCAAAACAGCCGUCCAUUCAGUCCACUUUCUCUAGCCCAAUACCUUACGACAAAACAUCAAAGAGACACAAAGACCUCACAGAUGCAGCAGCUUAUUGUGUUGUAAAGACAUGCUACCAAUAAGCACUCUUAUACAUUUAAAUUUCACAAGAGUAACAAGGAACAUUUAAGAUUAACAAAUGAUUUUUUUAUAUCGUGAUAUAUAUUAAUAUCGACUGAUAUGAAAAAAAUCUACCGUGAUAAACUUUUUUCCCAUAUCGCCCAGCCCAAGUUCACACCGAAUACAGUCAGCUGUUAAAAGUGCUGAGGUAUUUUAACUUUAUUGACAGUUUGACCGUACAAUGACAAAAAAAUUCUCAUCUUUCUCAACAAACCUUUUCUUUAUGAUGUUCCAGCAAAUGUCCAAAUGUCUCAGGCUGUCCUUUGUGAAUGAAGGUGUUUGGUGUGUUCAUGAGUGUUCAAAGCAUAUCAUCAGAGAGAGCAGGGGUUUCUGGAUUUGGGGUUGACUAAUACAUCAAAAGGAAGUAUUUCUCUUUUACAUUUACGUCCCCAUGAGGAGUUUUUGUUUGCUUAUGAAAUAGGCUGAAAUGAGUACUGACUCAGGAAAAACAGGACCAUCAGGAUUAACCCUAUUCCUCUACAGUUAACUUUUAAAAAGUGUAAUGCUGCCACAAGGAAAGAUAUCAAAGAGACUGACAUCAUGCUGCAGGAACACUCCUUGUUUUGUUUUGUUUUUUUUUCUUUACAUUUUUGAGGGCAAAAUAAGUGAUAUAUUAUACAUUUAUAAUGCUGUAGAAUACAAAUUUUAUGAAGUUAGGUAACAAAAAUCUUACCAUCUCCAUCUUCAUGUUUUUCUUGGCCAGACUUACAAGCUCAUGUCUCAGCCCUUGAGCGCUCUCUGGAGGAGGAGAGGGAGAGAUGCAGGGCAGAGAGGCAGAGGAGGAAAAAUCUCCACAACACACUGGUGGUAAGGACAGUUGUUUAUUGAAAGAGACAAUGCUUUACACAGUUGUAACACAUCUGAAAGGAUCUGUAAUUUGCAGCUCUACUAUUUGUUUGGCUGCAGGAACUGAGAGGGAAUAUCAGGGUUCACUGCAGAGUGAGACCAGUUCUUCAUUUCGAUCACGUUGAGUCCUCCACUUCUGCAUCAGGGUGGGUCAGUACACAAUCCACCAACACCACAAUAUGAAAUACUGAAUGAUACUCAAUAAUCAUCUUUUUCUUUCAGAUCUGCAGCUUCAGAAGAAGUGGUCACUGCAUUCAGUGAUGUAAGUCAAAACUCUCAAAACAGGAGCAAACUGCUUCAGGGUCCUUGUGUGGUUGUAUUAUUUCUGCUUUCUUUGCUUUUAGGACACGGUGAUGGUGAACUGCUUAAAAACAGGGUUACCAGUGCACAACAAGAUGUUUGAGUUUGAAAGGUAGACUCAGAUAUAAACAUGUAACAGUGUGCUUGGUUAUUUUCAGUACUCAUCUUAAUACUCUUGUGACUUUGGUUCUUCCAGAGUGCACGGACCAGAGGAUUCCCAGGAUGCUGUGUUUGAGGAAGUCAAGCCUCUCCUCACAUCUCUGCUUGAUGGGUAAGAGAGGGAAAAAUCACAAGACUCUAACCACACGGUUUAAACAGCACUAAUCCUGCAAUGACUCAAAGUAGUAAAAUAUAUACACAUGCAACAUCAGGCACCUUGACUGUGAUUCUCCUCUCACACUGCAGCUAUAAUGUAUGUAUCAUGGCAUAUGGGCAAACGGGCAGCGGGAAGACUCAUACCAUGAUGGGCCCUGAGCUACAGGUGGGAAACUCAAAGAUGCAGCAGGAGACACAGCAGGGGAUAAUCUCUAAGGCUGCUGAAGAGCUUUUUAGGUGAGACAGACAGAGAAGUGGUGUUUAUGCUUUGCACUAGAUUUGCUGUAAAGUAGAUUAUUGAGGGGGCAUUCAAUUACAGUUUCUAAUUCAGGCCUUUAACCAGACCAAGCUAAAAAAAAAAAAGAAUCAGACCAUAAAUUCAUGUGCUUGGAGAGUUGGAAUAGGAUAUAAUUGGUUUGAACUUCAACCUUCUCUCUUCCUAUCAUCUCCUGUGUGACCCAGACUAAUCUCUGAGAAGCCUGCAGAGAUCCACACGGUGGAGGUGUCAGUGAUGGAGGUGUACAACAAUGAAGUGUUUGACCUCCUGGCCAGAGAUGAGCUUGGCAGCGCUGUGGGCCAGCGCAGGGAUAUCAUCACCACCUCCUCUGGCACCAUUCAGGUCACCUCCCUCACACACCUGUGAGUAGAGCAAGAGCAGAGCUGUUUGCAUGGGGAAUUGUUUUUUAAACACGUCACAGAUCAAUACUUUUCAAAUGAACUUGCACAUUUAUAUCUGUAAGGGGCUGUUUGACUAUUUUUUACUACUGCCCUGAAAACUUCAUUUCACACUUUACAGUCAGAUGUAGAAAAACUUGACUUCUACUCAGGCACAAAGUGCAGAAAAGAAAAAGCCAAAAACUCAAUACACUGGAUGCCAUGUAAAUAAAAUAUGUUUUUCAGCAUGCUGCUGACUUAUACUAUCUUUAAAUGUCCCUUUUUUUCUUGUUUGGACAACAAGGAAAAAUGAAAGUGAUGCAAAUGGUUAAAGUGCCUGUAGUUACAGCAAAACUGGGUAAUUUCAAGAUGUUCCUGUCCAUAUAGCUGAAGUGAAAUAUGAAAUUAGGAUUCAGCAGUUUUUGUGAUUUGUGACUGAGCACAUACACUGAAACAUUUAGAUCAAUGAAACAGAUAAAUGAAAUCAGCUCUUAUGCAUGCGCCAUGUGUUAUACAGUCCCGUGGGGAACGCCUCUGAGGUGAUGCAGAUCAUCAGCAGUGUUUUGAAGCUCAGAGCUCACUGCCCCACCCUCAUUCACCCUGAUUCCUCACGCUCACACCUCAUUGUCACCCUCACCAUUUCCUCCAAGAGCCCCAAUGCCCUGGCCCUGGGUGAGAUACACACACACACACACACACACACACACACACACACACACACACACACACACACACACACACACACACACACACACACAUACGUAUGAGUGUAAAUGACAGCUCUCUCCAAACGUUGAUGACUUUUUGUCACUCAGCCCGCAGGUUACAGAGAGCCAAGAAGGACAUGCAGCGCUCCACUCAAAAGGAGUGGUGGAGUCCACGCUGUCGCCGUGCCAACCCAACCGCCCAGCUCUCCUCUGAUGAGCUCUUUGCAAGCUCUUCUGCUUCACCCUGCCUCUCUCCCUCCCUCUCUCCAUGCCCCUCUCCCAGGCCAAGCAUCUCACAGGCUCCAUUCAAGACCAAGCUGCAGCUGGUGGACCUAGCAGGAAGCGAGUGUGUCGGUAUGAUGACCUUAAGCACUGCAGUAAUCAUUGUGUGUUUGUGGAAUUGUAAAAAAUCAUGAAUUAAUUAUUUAAUCAAUUUGUAAAAUUCAACAAAUUUAGUAUCAAGUGGGUAUCAUCUUGCCCAGAGGAAUUCAAUAGCAAAAUUCUAUUGAUCACAGCACUGAGUUCUCCAUCCAAAUGAAGCAGGAUUUCUCCUUUCUUGCUAGUUUAUUUCCCAGUGUUUCAAGCAAAAAUAUAAAUCAAUCUGAUGAGCAGUUUGGGUAAAAAGGGAGAUUAUAGUAAAAACAAAACUAUUAUUAUGCAGAUAUGAGUAAUGACACUUUUUAACCAUCAUAUACACAAAAAAAGAUCACCAAACAUCAGGAAAUUAUUGAGCAGAUGAAUAAGCUUUGGAGAAAAUAAAUGUACACUGAAUGUUAAUCUCUUGUUAAUCUGUGUGUGUGUGUGUGUGUGUGUGUGUGUGUGUGUGUGUGUGUGUGUGUGUGUGUGUGUGUGUGUGUGUGUGUGUGUGUGUGUGUGUGUUUUUGCUUGCUUGCACUUCCCUUGCUCAUGUAUUCAGGUAUGUCUGGAGUCUCAGGUGCUGCUCUGUGGGAGGUGUCCUGUAUAAACCGCAGUCUCUCUGCUCUGGCUGACGUUCUGGGAGCUCUUGCCGAGCAGAGUCCUCAUAUUCCCUACAGGAACAGCAAACUCACUCAUCUGCUGCAAGAUGCCAUAGGUGAUGCACACGCACGCACGCACGCACGCACACACACACACACACAAAUACAUGCACUGUCCCCUUGUUUGACUGAACAUCACUUUUAUUAGUCUAAGUCACACACUGCAGAACUAUUCUCACACACAAAAAUGCUCAAAAUUCUCAGUCUUAUCCUCGCACUGCUGACCCUGUCUUGAAUCCCCUCUUGUUGUUCUUCAUUUUGUCCACCAGGUGGUGACUCUAAGCUGCUGCUCAUGCUCUGUGUCUCCCCCACACAGAAAUUCAUCACUGAGUCACUGCAGUGUCUAGGUUUGGGAACUCGAGUCCGUCAGGUCCAAAAGGAGCAGCCUCGAAGGAAGGGUAACACCCUCAGAGUUAAGUGAAAAGAGGGAGGAGAAAAAUGUUGUCCUUUACAGACUCUGUAGACACUGAUUUAUGCAUCAGUCAUGUGACCUGGACUGAUUUCAGAAGAUUUGUUGUGAUGGAUUUGAUAGUUUGUGUGCCCUUUAAAAGACUUGACAUCUUCCAGUAUACAGCCUUAAAUGACAUGACUUUGAUUGACACCAAUUAGGCAAACCUGAUGCUGCAGGCUUGUAUUUUUAGUAAAUGUUUGAGAAUAACUACUGUAACCACGGUAAUAGAUUAUAGCUCAGUAUUUUGUUCUUGAUACCCAAACUGAAAAAAGAAAUUGUUUAACCACUGUUUAUUUAGCUUAAAAUAGAUUUAAGUUGCAUUGAUGAAGCUAAGCUAUGAUAAUGUGUCGGUGCUUAUGUGAGUUACAAGGGAGUCAUUACCCCAUGCAGCAUUUAGCAUGUAGUUAUGACUGACACAAAUAUUGUGUAAUCAGAAUUCACUUCACUCUUCACUGUUUUUCUCACUUUAAUCUUGUAUUUUACACUCUUACCAUAAACUGAAUCAUAAUCAUCAUAACUGAAAAAGUCUUCAUGCAUUCAGAUGUAAAUACUUCUCCUCAGUACUCACUGUUUACACCUUCCUCUCCUCAAAAGAGCUUUGGGUGCAGCCGCAUUUGAUCUUAAUUGAUGAAUUCUGUUUUUGUGAUCAUCACCUGUCAAUAGCCUUGAUAGAAAUAUAAAGAACUUAUCUAAAAAUAAACAGUCUUCAUGCAGA